AUGAAAACCUAUGCAGGUGAAGAAUAUUUGAGUGGAAACACUGCAUGUCGAUGGUAUUUUAACCCCGCAAUUCCAGAGGCUGAAGACUUCUACAACGCCCUGCACAAUCAACGUCUGUCAAUCAGACGUGUCACUGUUCCUGCAGAACAAACAGCACCACUGCAAACAGCACUUUCCCUCGAAGACAAGUGUCUCAGCGACUUGGAGAAAAUGGACCCAUACGACUUCCCGGAUGGUGGAUGCCGAUGUACUGUUACUAUAACCCGUGUACUGCUAACCACCCCAUGGUGGUUCCCAUCAUGCAAUAGAUGCAGCAGAAGUUGCACACCAGAUGGUGAUGGCUAUAAGUGUAACACAUGCUCCUGCACAGGCUACCGGUUCAAGUAAAAACUACUUUCUCCUUCCUUACCAUACAACUGCAGCUACACUGACUAAU